AUGGGCAGCAACAAGAGCAAGCCCAAGGAUGCCAGCCAGCGGCGCCGCAGCCUGGAGCCUGCUGAGAGCGCCCACGGUGGCGGCGGCAGCGGUGGGGGUGCCUUCCCCACCUCGCAGACCCCCAGCAAGCCGGCCUCCGCCGAUGGCCACCGCGGCCCCAACUCCGCCUUCUCCCCGGCCGCCGCCGAGCCCAAGCUGUUUGGAGGCUUCAACUCCUCGGACACGGUCACCUCCCCGCAGAGGGCGGGGUCGCUGGCUGGCGGAGUGACCACCUUUGUGGCCCUCUACGACUACGAGUCGCGGACAGAGACCGACCUGUCCUUCAAGAAAGGGGAGCGGCUGCAGAUUGUCAACAACACAGAGGGAGACUGGUGGCUGGCCCACUCGCUCAGCACGGGACAGACGGGCUACAUCCCCAGCAACUACGUGGCGCCCUCCGACUCCAUCCAGGCUGAGGAGUGGUACUUUGGCAAGAUCACGAGACGGGAGUCAGAGCGGCUACUGCUCAACGCAGAGAACCCGAGAGGGACCUUCCUCGUGCGGGAGAGCGAGACCACGAAAGGCGCCUACUGCCUCUCCGUGUCCGACUUCGACAACGCCAAGGGCCUCAACGUGAAGCACUACAAGAUCCGAAAGCUGGACAGCGGCGGCUUCUACAUCACCUCGCGCACCCAGUUCAACAGCCUGCAGCAGCUCGUGGCCUAUUACUCCAAACAUGCCGACGGCCUGUGCCACCGACUCACCACCGUGUGCCCCACGUCCAAGCCGCAGACGCAGGGCCUGGCCAAGGACGCCUGGGAGAUCCCCCGGGAGUCUCUGCGACUGGAGGUCAAGCUGGGCCAGGGCUGCUUUGGAGAGGUGUGGAUGGGGACCUGGAACGGCACCACCAGGGUGGCCAUCAAAACCCUGAAACCAGGCACGAUGUCUCCCGAGGCCUUCCUGCAGGAGGCCCAGGUCAUGAAGAAACUGAGGCACGAGAAGCUGGUGCAGCUGUACGCUGUGGUGUCCGAGGAGCCCAUCUACAUCGUCACGGAGUACAUGAGCAAGGGGAGUUUGCUGGACUUUCUCAAGGGGGAGACGGGCAAGUACCUGCGGCUGCCGCAGCUGGUGGACAUGGCUGCUCAGAUCGCCUCGGGCAUGGCGUACGUGGAGCGGAUGAACUAUGUCCACCGGGACCUCCGUGCCGCCAACAUCCUGGUUGGAGAGAACCUCGUGUGCAAAGUGGCUGACUUCGGCCUGGCCCGGCUCAUCGAGGACAACGAGUACACAGCCCGGCAAGGUGCCAAGUUCCCCAUUAAGUGGACGGCCCCGGAAGCUGCCCUUUAUGGCCGGUUCACCAUCAAGUCCGACGUCUGGUCCUUUGGGAUCCUGCUGACGGAGCUCACGACCAAGGGCCGGGUACCCUACCCCGGGAUGGUGAACCGGGAGGUGCUGGACCAGGUGGAGCGAGGCUACCGGAUGCCCUGCCCACCCGAGUGCCCCGAGUCCCUGCACGACCUCAUGUGCCAGUGCUGGCGGAAGGAGCCCGAGGAACGGCCCACGUUCGAGUACCUGCAGGCCUUCCUGGAGGACUAUUUCACGUCCACUGAGCCCCAGUACCAGCCUGGAGAGAACCUAUAG